AAUCGUUACUUGUGUAGAAGAAAAGAAUUACUACUUUUCAAGCAUUUUUUCUAUAUCAAAAAAUAAAACCCUUACUCGUUUGAAGUGAAAGAAGUGUUUCUUCUUUGGAUGGAUGCUGUAAUAGAGAUACUUUAGAAAAAUUACUAAAGAAUUUGUCAUUAGUGAAAAAGAAGUAUCGGGUUGCUCUGAUAUAAGUGGUUAAAUAAUCAAUUAUCGAUGAUCAAUCUUAUAAAUGGUUGGUGAGAGUGAGGUUUUCGGGAGCGGAUUUCCAAAGCUCUGAAAGAAUUGAUGAAAGUUUUCAAAUCACCACUGUCUUCUUUAGUCUUUCUAUUGUUUUUCCUCAAUUUUUUCCUAAUUUUUUUCACUCCCUCCCAUGAUUAUCAAGCUGUUCAUGUCCACUCAGAUUCUCCUUUCAGUCUUUCUAGUAUCAGAGGCAGUACUUCUCCCCAAGAACUUCUAUCCACCCCCAAUGAAGCCUACAACAAUACAGAUCUUACACGGAUCAAGUUUGGCCAUGGCAUGAAGAAGAAUGUGACAAGUUUGGAGAGAAUUGAAGAAGGUUUAGCUCGUUCGCGAGCAUUUAUCCAGAAAGCAAUUCGCUACAAGAACCACACUUCCCUCCUCAAAGAAAAUUUUGUCCCAAAAGCUUCCAUUUACCGAAAUCCACAAGCUUUCCACCAGAGCCACGUGGAGAUGACGAAGAGAUUGAAGGUUUGGGUGUACGAGGAAGGAGAGCAGCCAUUGGUGCAUGAUGGGCCUGUAAACAACAAAUACUCCAUUGAAGGCCAAUUCAUCGAUGAAAUGGACAUGGCUAAGAAGAGCCCCUUCAAGGCCCAUAAUCCAGAACAGGCCCAUCUCUUCUUACUUCCCUUCACCGUAUCCAAGGUCAUUCGCUAUGUUUACAAGCCCAGAAGGUCCAGAUCCGACUAUGAUCCUCCACGCUUACAACGGUUGGUGGAGGAUUACAUCAAAGUAGUUGCAAAUAAAUAUCCUUAUUGGAACAGAAGCAAAGGUGCCGACCAUUUUUUUGUUUCAUGCCAUGAUUGGGGUCCAAAAGUGUCGUAUGCGAAUCCUGAACUCUUCAAAUACUUCAUCAGAGUACUUUGCAAUGCGAACACUUCGGAAGGGUUUCAACCGAACAGAGAUGUCUCCAUUCCGGAAGUGUAUUUACCUGUUGGAAAGCUUGGUCCACCUAAUAUGGGGCAGCACCUGAGUAAUCGUCCAAUAUUAGCCUUUUUUGCCGGUGGUGCCCAUGGUAAGAUUCGAAAAACACUGCUAAAGCGAUGGAAGAACAAGGAUAGAGAAGUUGAAGUUCACGAGUACCUUGAAAAGGGUGAAGAUUAUACCAAGUUGAUGGGUCUGAGCAAGUUUUGCCUGUGCCCCAGUGGGCAUGAAGUGGCAAGUCCUAGGGUGGUGGAAGCCAUCUAUGCAGGGUGUGUCCCUGUAAUAAUCUCUGAUAAUUACUCUUUACCUUUCAGUGAUGUGCUUGAUUGGAGUGAGUUCUCGUUAGAAAUUGCAGUUGAGAGAAUAGCAGAGAUUAAGAUUAUUUUAGAAAAUGUUUCGAUAGAUAAGUAUAGAAAGUUGUAUUACAAUGUGAGGAGCGUUGGAAGGCAUUUUGUGAUAAACAGGCCUGCAAAGCCCUUUGAUUUGAUACAUAUGAUACUCCACUCACUUUGGCUCAGAAGGCUAAAUUUCCAACUAACACCUUCAUAAUAAGAUGAGAUUCUCUUCUAUUCCA